GCAAUGUUCCCCUUCCCCAGCUCACAUUACCCACACACAUCAGAGAACAAUGGAGGCUGCUAUUGUGAGCGUUUCCACGGGGGUGAUGAAACCCCUCCUUUCCAAGCUCUCCAAGCAGCUGGAGGAAGAGUAUACCAAGCUCAAGGGAGUACGCGUGCACAAGAAGAUUAUGUUCAUAAGAGAUGAGUUGAGUACCAUGAGAGCUGCACUCCAAAUGUUGGCGGAUUCAGAAGAGCUCAACCCUCGAAUGAAAGAUUGGAGGGACAAGGUGCGUGAGCUAGCCUACGACAUGGAGGAUUGCAUUGAUGCCUUCACGUCUCGCGUUGAUCACAACAACGAUGGAUCGACCGGGUUCAAGGAGUUCUUUCACAAGUUCAAGAAACUAAAAGCUCGCCAUAAGAUUGCCAAUGAGAUCGAAGAACUCAAGACCCGCGUGAUGGAGGUAAGCGAGAGGCACAAGAGGUAUGAUUUUGUGAAUCAGGAGCUGACCAAAUCUAGUUCUUUUGCCAUUGAUCCUCGACUGCAUGCACUUUAUGUGGAGGUUGACAGACUUGUGGGUAUCGAGGGUCCAACAAAGCAUAUUAUUGACAAGUUAAUAACCAAUGAGGAUGAGGAUUCCUACAGACAACUUAAAGUGGUGUCAAUUGUUGGUUUUGGAGGUCUUGGUAAGACUACUCUUGCAAACCAAGUGUACCAUGCCCUCAGAAGCCAAUUUUUGUGCUCGGCUUUCAUUUCAGUUUCUCGAAAGCCCAAUCUGGAAAAGGUUCUAAGAAAGAUUGCUCAAGGAGUGACGUUACCCACUGGAAAAAUACCGGAUGGCGAUAUCCACCAAUUGGUUGAUAAACUCAGAACGUACAUCCAAGAUAAAAGGUACUUUAUUGUAAUUGAUGACUUAUGGGGCACGGAAGAAUGGAAAUCUAUCCGUCUUGCUCUGUUCAAUAAUAAGUGUGGUAGCAGAAUUAUCACCACAACACGUAGUGCUGCAGUUGCAUCAUUUUCCUGUUGUGAUGGCGGUUACGUUUACCUAAUGGAACCACUUAACUUUGCAGACUCCAAAAGGUUGUUUUUAAAAAGAGCAUUCGGUUCUGAAGAAUUAUUGUAUCCUCAUCUUGAAGAAGUCUUUCAUGGGAUAUUGGAGAAAUGUGGUGGUCUACCAUUAGCCAUAAAUACUAUAUCCAGUUUGCUGGUCGAUCAACAUGCAAAAGAAGAAUGGGACAGGAUGCUAACUGCUAUUGGCUCUGCACUUGCAAAAAAUCCUGAUGUUGAGAAUAUGACAAAGAUAUUAUCUCUCAGUUACCUGGAUCUUCCUCAUCAUCUAAGAACUUGUUUGUUGUACUUAAGUGUAUUUCCAGAAGAUUAUGUAAUAGACAAACAACAGUUGAUAAAUAGAUGGAUUGCAGAAGAAUUCAUUCAUGAAGAGCAAGGCCGGAGCACAUACGAAGUUGGUGAGCGUUAUUUCCUUGAUCUCAUCGACCGAAGCUUGAUUCAACCUGUUGAUGUAAAGUAUGGUCAGGUAGAGGCAUGUCGAGUUCAUGACAUCAUUCUUGAUUUCAUCGCGUGCAAGGCCGCUGAAGAGAAUUUUGUCACCUCAUUGGAUACUGCAGAUUUUGGCCAAGUUUCGGAUCGCAGGGUUCGUAGGCUAAGUGUCAUGAAUAUCAGUGAAGACCAUGCCACCAUAUCAGCAAGCCAAAUCGAUCUCUCUCAUAUUCGAUCACUUACUUUAUUUGGGCGUUUCAUGCAAACUCCUUUGGUGGAUUUACCAGCUAUACGUGUGUUGGAUUUAGAAGAAUGUGAAAACAUGGGAGACAACCAUCCUAUUCUUGCGAAUGUAGAAACGCUGCUCCAUUUGAAGUACUUGCGUAUUGGAAUGUUGUGUCCGAUAACUGAGCUCCCAAGAAAUAUUGGAGAACUGCGUCAUCUAGAAACACUGGACAUGCGAUUUGCAUGUCAAGUCAAAGAAUUGCCAUCAACUAUUACAAGGCUUCAACGAUUGGCCCGCCUAUAUGUCCAUCACAACACUAGACUCCCUGAUGGGGUAAUUGGAAAGAUUCAGAACUUGGAAGAGCUAGAGGAGUUUGGUGUCGUCUCCUGCGAGAAAGGGAAAUCUCUGCAAGAAUUCGGUCAGCUACCCAAGCUGAGGACGCUGAAAGUAAGAUGCAGUAGUACUACAGAUGAUUUGGAAGGAAGGAAGCGAGCCGAGGACCUCUGGAAUUAUAUUGGAACUUUGAUAUCUUCAUGCAAUCUUCAUCAUCUUUGUAUCCUCCACCGACAGGAUGAUCCAGAUCAUCUCCCAAUGUCACUGGAAUCAUGGUGCCCCCCUAGUGAUAAUUGUAGCCUCCGGAAGCUCCACAUCACACAUUACUACAUCUCUAAGCUUCCAAGUUGGAUGGGUUCCCUUGCAAAUCUCAAGGAAUUACUACUAUAUUUCUACAGAAUGAGGCCUGAAGAUGUUGACAUCCUUGAAGCAAUACCUAGCUUGGUUUUACUCAGAGUAAGAACACUAUACAGCAGCAAUGGGAGGAUCACGUUCCGUGGCAACAAAGGAUUCAGAUGUUUGAAAUAUUUCUCUCUAGAUAUUGACCUUUGUGGGACAGAGCUGGAGUUUGAAGCUGGGGCAAUGCCAAAGAUUGAGCAUCUCAAGAUUAAUUUCCCUGUGCAUUCUUGGACGGCGUCUGUGAAUGGUGCUUCUGAUUUUGGUAUCCAGCACCUGUCCACCCUCACCGAAGUUGAGGUUGGUCUUGGUUGCUUCUUUAUACCUGACACCAGAAGGAUGUACCAUCCGACGACGGAAGAUACGGACGACAGUCCGAUGGAAGAUGACGGCGAAGCUAACGUUGUCAAAUGUUUUGAAAGUCGCAUCAAGUCUGCCGUUGAGGCACUUCCUAACCGUCCCACAUGCAAAUUCAACCUGAACACUGCUAUUGUGCCUUGUCCAUCGUGUUUUGAGUACAAGAGGAAACACCCGAGCUUUCCUGUAGGUUCAGUUAAAGCAGUUAGGGAUGUUCGUAUAAGUUCAUCAGCGAUUCAAGAUAAUUCCAUGGGGCUUCGCCGCCGGCGGCCAGCAAAUCAGCCGUUUCGAUUCGGCUGGGCAGGGCUGCAGUAUUAAGACUCUGCUUGGCAUGGCAGGGCUGCAACUCUAAAAUUUACAGCUUCAAUACUCCAUCCCAUCUUUAAGUACAGCCAUGGUUUUACACACCCAACUUUAACCGUCUGUCUUAUUUAAAAAAAAUUUGAAUAAAUUUAAAAACAUAAGUCACUUGUAAAGUACUAUUCAUGUUUUAUCAUCUCAUAACAACAAAAAUAUUAAUUAUAAAAAGAUUCAAAUAAAACAAACGAUCAAAGUUGGACGUGAAAACUUAUGGUUAUGGUUGCACUUAAAAUAGAACGGAGAGAGUAAUCGUUAAGGUUCGGGCACCCCUCUCCACAGUAGAGCUGGAGCUGAUAAUGGCUGUUUGGCUAUAAAGUUUUAUUGGGACGACAAAGACUAUUCAUGAUUGUUUUCACUUGCAUUUCUUUCUUGGAGCUGUAGAAGUUAGCAGCUAACUUCAUGAAUAUGGUUUCUGACUACUUGCUGCAACUAAUUAUUUACGUACUAAAAUUUUUAGCAGCUAUAAAUCUUAUAAAUAGAGGGUCUUUUACAGUACCUCCCACUACUAUAGUGGUAGUAAAGUCGUAGAGAUCUAAUCUGACCGUUGAUUAUAAUUGUGUGUUAGACAUUUAAUCCAAUACCCAUAUUCGACUUCCAAUUUAUAAUUCAUUUGUGCAGAACAGAUGGCUCGCGUUAACCUUUGUUGAUCGGCUUCUAUCAUCGCUGGCUAGCUACCCAGCUUGUGGCAUCGCCAGCGAGAGCCAGUAGUACAGAACCGGGCAUCCCAAUUGGCCCAUCUGUGACGGAGGCUAUCGGUCCAU